AGUUUCGAAAAUUCAGUACCUACUGUCAUCCGAUCCGAUCUCGUUUCCAGGAAUCCUUCGCAAGUCCUUGUCGCCCCUGAAUUAGUCGAAAGAACACCAGACAUCCCAGACGCAAGGGAAAGCAAACGAGGUCUCAUUAAGAAGCUUGCUCCCGUUGUCAAGAAAACAGCAACUCCGCUGAAGAAGGCUGUCGCCACUACCCCUAAGAAGGCCGUUGCUGCCGUGAAGAAAACCGCCAGCAAAAAGGCUACUUCUCCUAAGAAGGCCACUCAUUCCCCAAAGAAAGCCACCGCCGCCGUGAAGAAGGCUGUCACCAAGAAGACACCCGCGAAACCCGCGAACAGUGCAGGGAAAAAGGGUACUACUCCUAAAAAGAGUGCUGCUCCUAAGAAGAGUGCUACGCCUAAGAAGAGUGCUGCCAAGCCCAAGCCUGGUCCCAAGAAGGCUACCGCCUCUAAAAAGGUCGCGGCGAAGAAGACCCCCCCUAAGGCUGGUGCCAAGAAUAGUGCUGCUUCUAAGAAGAAGGCUGCCAAACCCAAGGCUGAUACAAAGAAGCCUGCUGGCAACAAGAAGCCUGCUGGCAACAAGAAGCCUGCUAGUAAUAAGAAGCCUGCUAGUCACAAGAAAACAGCCAACAAUAAGAAGGCAGUCAGCACUAAGAAGCCUGCUGGUAACAAGAAGGUAUCCAACAACAAGAAGCCUGCUAGCAAUAAGAAAACAGCCAACAAUAAGAAGGCAGUCAGCACUAAGAAGCCUGCUGGUAACAAGAAGGUAUCCAACAACAAGAAGCCUGCUAGCAAUAAGAAGGCAGUCGGCAACAAGAAGCCUGCUAGCAACAAGAAGGCAGCCAACAACAACAACAAGACAGUCAACAACAAGAAGCCUGCUGGCAACAAGAAGCCUGCUAGUAAUAAGAAGCCUGCUGGCAAUAAAAAGGCAACUAGCAACAAGAAGUCUGCUGCUCAGAAGUCUCCUUCUAAGACUGGUGCAAAGAAAGCAGCUAGUUCUAAGAAGGCUGGUGCUAGGAAGGCAGCUGGCAAUAAGAAAGCUGUCAGCAACAAGAAGCCCGCCGGGACUAAGAAGACCGGUUCCAAGAAAGUAGCCGACAACAAGAAAACUGUUAGCAAUAGGAAGUCUGCUGGUCCUAAGAAAACUGGCAGUAAGACUCCUGUUAAGGCUGGUGCCAAGAAGGCCGGGAACAAGAAAGUUUCUGGCAACAAAAAGGCAGCUGGCACUAAGAAAGCUCCCGGGAACAAAAAGGCACCCAACGACAAGAAGAAAGCUUCUGGUGCCAAGAAGGUUGGGAGCAAGAAGACUGGUAAUAAGAAAGCCAAUAACAAGAAAGCCUUCGGCACCCAGAAAUCUGCUGGUUCUAAGAAGUCUGGCAAUAAGAAAGCUGGUGCUAAAAAGACCCAUUCCAAGGCUGGCACCAAGAAGGCCAGUAACAAGAAAGCUGGCAGCAAGAAAUCUUCCGGUUCGAAGAAGACUGGCAAGAAGGCCCCUGGCACCCAAAAGGCUGUUGGGAAGAAGGCUGGCAACCAAAAAGCUAGUGUUAAGAACACUCCUUCUAGGUUUAGCAAGAAGAAGGCCAGUGGUAAAAAGACCGUUGGCAAUAAGAAGUCUGGUGUGAAGAAGGCUGCGGGUGCUAAGAAGGCUAUUGGGAAGAAGGCUGGUAACAAGAAAGCUACUGGCAACAAGAAAGCUACUGGCAACAAGAAAGCUACUGCUGACAAGAAAGCUGCUGCUGACAAGAAAGCUACUGCUGACAAGAAGGCCGUCGGAAAUAAGAAGUCCGUUGAUCAGACUGCGAAAAGCAAGGCACCAGCAGGCGCAAGCUGCUCUAUCGGAAGGCGCGACGGCGACGGCGACGGUGGAUCAUGCACUCUCGGACCACUUGGCAUUAAGAAAGACCUGAGUCUCGUGGACGGGAAGGAUGACGCAACGGUCUACAGCUCGGUCAUCCAAAGGCCGGAGAACUCUCAGCCCCUGGACGAUGGCCAACUUGCGAGCUUGGGCAAAGAUGCCUGGCUCGAGAUGCAGGCGCAGCACAAGGCUGCUGGAGGAACGGAGGAGAGCAUGCCGCACACUAUGCAUGUCUAUCAAAGCCACCCUGAACUCAUCAUCUCGAGCUCCCAAAAGGGCGGCCCUAGUCUAACGACAGACAAGAAGAACAAAUCAGGACGGGAAGUACUCGAAGCUUGCGAGGAGAAAUGGGUAAGCGAGGGGAGGAAACAUCCCGAUCACAGGCAUGAGGCAGCCUGUGGCGAAUACACGGGGAUGCAUAUAAUGGGCCAGAAGCAUAACGGAAAGAAGCCGGACGAGAAAACACAAAUGGUUGCUGUUCACCGGCCGAAUCCGGCGGGUGAGGACAAGGACAAGGAAAGACCUGAGGCGACAAAAAAGGAUAUAAAAAUCCAGCCACCUUGUGACGGUGAACCGAGAGGUGGGAAGCCCGAUGGCAAAAAGAAUAUUGGCGGUUGCGCGACCAUGAAGGAGGUGACCGGGGCCUACAUCGUCCCUGGUACGACAGAGGAUAAAGCCUAUGACUUAAAGGACGCCAAAGUUGAAUCACACGCAUUGGGUCCCUACGAAGAAGAUACGGAAUACACCGCACAGAGGGCAGAGAAGAAAGCCAAAGAACAGGCUGAGCGGGACAGAAAAAUCCAAGAAGACAAAGAUAAUUUGGCAGCAUCAAUAUUAAAGAAAAAGGAGGCAAACAAGGCAAAGAAGGCCCAAAAGAAGGCUGAUAAAGCUAAAAAGGCUGCAGAAGCUGCAGAGGCUGCAGAGGCUUGA